CCCUGUGGAGGCUCUUCACACGUGCAGCUGAUCUGGUGUACAGACUGACUGACUGACUGACUGACUGACUGCACCAUCAGCGAGAGAUGUCCGCAUCUCUUAACCUCUCAAACUUCACCAACAGAUUCGCGCAGCCUCCAUGGCGCGUCGCGCUGUGGUCGCUCGCGUACGCGCUGGUUCUACUGGUGGCCGUGACUGGAAAUCUGAUCGUUAUCUGGAUUAUUGUCGCUCACAAGAGAAUGAGAACCGUCACCAACUACUUUCUGCUCAAUCUGGCGGUGUCUGACGCAUCCGUGGCAGCGCUCAACGCGCUGGUGAACUUCAUAUACGCCGCGCACGGGGAUUGGUACUUUGGCGACGCUUACUGCCGCUUCCAGAACUUCUACCCGGUGGCUGCGGUUUUUGCGAGCAUCUACUCAAUGAGCGCCAUCGCGUUAGACAGGUACGUGGCGAUAAUCCACCCGCUGAAGCCCCGACUCUCAGCAACAGCUACGAAAGCCAUGAUUGCAUGCGUGUGGAUUAUGGCCGUGAUCCUGGCAUUUCCUCUGUGCUAUUUUUCAACGACACGAGUGAUUCCUCACCGGACGCUGUGUUACGUGGCCUGGCCGCAACCGGCCCAUAACUCCUUUAUGUAUCAUGUGAUUGUGGCAGUACUGGUUUACCUUCUGCCUUUGGCUGUGAUGGCCAUCACCUACACCAGGGUCGGACUCACCCUGUGGGGGGGUGAAAUUCCAGGACAUUCCUCGGAAACUUUCCAAGAUCAACUUCAGGCAAAGCGGAAGGUCGUGAAGAUGAUGGUGAUUGUGGUGGUGACUUUUGCCAUAUGUUGGUUCCCAUAUCAUGUGUAUUUCAUCGUGACUGGUCUCAAGCGUGAACUGAAUAAAUGGAAGGGGAUCCAGCAGGUUUAUCUGUCUGUGUUGUGGCUCUCGAUGAGUUCCUCGAUGUAUAACCCCAUCAUCUACUGCUGCCUAAACAGCAGGUUCCGUGCCGGAUUCAAGCAGGUCUUCCGCUGGUGUCCCUACAUCCAGGUAUCAGAUUAUCAGACAGAGUUUGAGCUCCAGACUGCACGCUUCCAGCAGAACCGGCGACAGAGCAAUUUGUACACGGUGACGCGCUUGGACUGCUGUCCCGAGCAGAGCGGUGCGCGCCGCAGUAGCUCAUGCACCGCCCGCCGCUGAAGAUUGCUGUUUUACACCAAGUUAAGCUGCUGAAAUUACAAACUUCUGUCAGAAACACUACAUUUUUUUAUCAAAAGUUUGUCGCUAACUGCACUAGAACAUGACUUCUACAUGAACAUUUUUAGCAUUUAGCAGAUGAUUUUAUCCAAAGUGACUUUUGUCAUACGAAGGCAA